UCAUAUAAAUAUGAAAGUCGAGCUCCAGUUUCACGAAGAUGAAAACAAAUGAGAUCUUAAGACCAAUGUUUACCACAAUAAAAAUUUUAAUGUCAAUGUUUGAUUAAUUAAAACUUCGUACAGAGCGCUGACCGUAUGAAUUAAAACCAGUAAAGAUAAAGUAUUAAGAAACAUAGCUGAUUAUUACUCAUUGAUCAUUUAGAAGUGCAGUAUUCAGUGUACUCGAGUACUCCAGGAUACUCUACUGGAGUACUUUCUAUCUUAUGUCACAUUUCAGGGUUUCACUAGUUUACAGAUUAAUAUGUUCAUACAAACUAUAUCUGCUUUAAAACAACCAAAACAGUAUUUACAAAGAAACAGUACGAAUACUGAUGCUAAUAAAAUAAUUAUAACCUUUUCAAUCAUUAUUGAUUCUGCAUAUUGAAUACUUUGACUUCUGAUACUUUGAAUGUAAGACAAUAAAUACAGAUAAGAUAAAUUACUUUAUUCAUCCCCAGGGGAUAUUUAUCGAAGCAGAAGCAACAACAUAAAUAAAACAGGGCAGCACGUAUUACAUCAAGAAUUUAAAUAAUAAAAGGAAAUGAAGAUGUCAAAAUAAAAUAAAAAUUAAAGUGUAAGUGAUAUAUAAAAAAAUAAAAAAAGUCAGGCAAUAUAGAAAAUCAUAAUAAUAAUGGCUUUCUUCAUUCUUUGUUCAUGAGUUGUGUCAAAAUAAUUAUUUGAGAUCAUUUGCAUUUGUUCUAAAAGUUGACAUUAAAAAACUGGUAGAUUUGAAAUUUAAAACAUUCAUUCAUAACUAUAAUAAAUACAAAUCUUAUUUUCAUCAUUCAAAUAAAUAAAAUAAACAAGUCUCAGUCCCACCAAAAAAAUAUUGUUCACAUAGUAAAAAAAUAACUAAAAUAAAUAAACUAGUCCCAGUCCCGCUGACAUUUUUUUUUUCACAUAGUAAAAAUUAAAUAAAUAAUACAUUUAAAAAAUAAAUAAAUCAAUCAAAUAAAUUAAAGAAAAUAAAAAUGAAUUAAAUAAAAAAUUAAAAGUCUGUCCCGCUUAAAAAAAUAUUUUUCACAUUGUAAUAAAUAAAUAAAUAAAUCAACAGGUCUCAGACCCGCUGAAACAAAAAUACUUUUCACAUAACAAUACACAAAUUGUUUCUGUCGUAAAAUUAGGCACGUGACGUCAUGACGUCGUCCGCCGUAGCGCGUCACCGCGUAGGCUCCGCCCCCCUCUUCUCGGCGAAAGCGCACACAUUCCUAUUGUCCAAGAUGGCGGCGUCGGCCCAGACCCGACGAGGCUGACAUGUUUUUAAACCGAGGUUACGCUCUCAUCCCGACGUCUAUGCGGUUGUUCCCCGAGCGGCGCGGCAGCGUUUCUUCACCCUGGCCGGAUUCACGUCGCAGGCGCCGAAAAGUUUGAGCUCCAUCUUGUUCCUCUUGACCGAAGAUGAAGCGGCAGGCCGGAAGGGAGACGAGUCCGUCCAGGGCCGCCGCCAAACGGGCGCGGGAGCGGGAACGGGAGAGCGCGCGCCGAGAGGAGCUGCACCCCGCGCCGCCCCCCCCGCUGGCGCUGCUGCUGGCGGAGAGCCGCGGAUACCACCACCACCGCCGGAGGAGCCGCAGCCGGGAGCGCGAGAAGCCGCGGCUCCGGGAGGAGCGCGCGGCCGCGCUGGAGCUCCACCACCGGCACGAGCUCAGCCUCCUCGGCCGCGCGCCGCCGCUGCGCGCCACCGCCGCCACCGCCGGGGCCGCGGCGUUGUGCGCGGAGCCGCCGCUGCCGCCGCCCCCCGCGGCGCGGCCCGGGACCCUGGAGUACAAGACGCUGCUCAUCAGCAACCUGGGCGCGCAGGUGUCGGACGAGGACGUGGAGGACGCGCUGUUCCACGAGUUCAAGAAGUUCGGCGACGUGAGCGUGAAGCUGUCGCACACGCCGGAGCUCGGCCGCGUCGCCUACGUCAACUUCCGCCACCCUGAGGACGCGAAGGAGGCGCGGCACGCCAAGGCGUCCCGGCUGCUGCUGGCGGAGCGGCCGCUGAAGAUCGAGCCCAUGUACGUGCGCAGGCGCAGCGUGACGCCGCCGGACGCCGGCUACCCGGCGCCGCACGCGCCGCACGCGCCCUACCCGUACCGGCAGCGCUCGCUGUCGCCGCCGCCGGGCCCCGGGGCCGCUGGCCUCCGGGAGCUGCGCGCGCGGCACUACGCCCUGGAGAGCCUGGGGCUGAGCCGCGAGCGCGAGCGGCUGCUGGACUACUACGGCAUGCUGGACGAGCGCGGCCGGCCCUACGGCUUCCCCCCCGCGCCGCCGGCCGAGGAGCUGAAGCCCGAGGACGACCAGCGGGCGACCAGCAACCUGUUCAUCGGCAACCUGGACGGCAACGUGACGGAGGCGGAGCUGCGGCGCGGCUUCGACAAGUACGGCGUCAUCGAGGACGUGGUGAUCAAGCGGCCGGCGCGCGGCCAGGGCGGCGCCUACGCCUUCGUGAAGUUCCAGAACCUGGACAUGGCGCACCGGGCCAAGGUGGCCAUGCAGGGCCGGCCGAUGGGCGGCAACCCCGUGAAGAUCGGCUACGGCAAGGCCAACCCCACCACGCGGCUGUGGGUCGGCGGCCUCGGGGCCGGCAACUCGCUCGCCACGCUCGCCCGCGAGUUCGACCGCUUCGGAAGCAUCCGGAACAUCGACUACGCCAAGGGGGACAGCUUCGCCUACAUCCAGUACGAGAGCCUGGACGCGUCGCAGGCCGCCUGCACCCAGAUGAGGGGCUUCCCCCUCGGAGCGCCGGAGCGCCGCCUGCGGGUCGACUUCGCCAAGGUGGAGGAGGGCGCCGCCCGGCCGUUCCCCCCCGGCUACCAGCCGGCGCCGGCGCCCCCGUCCCACUACGACCUCCCCCCGGAGGCCUUCGGCUGCCACCGCAGCCUGGAGCGUGAGCUGAGGGGCGCCGCCAGGGACCGCUCCACGCCGCCGCCGCCGCCUCACGGCCUCAGGGAGCGGGCGCCGCCGGAGAGGGACUACCCCGCCAGCCCCACCCGCAGCCUGGAGCGCCGCCCGGGCGCCGUGGAGGCGUUCGGGCGGAGCGCCAGAGGAGCGCGGAGCCGCAGCCGCGAGCGCUGGCUGAAGGAGCGAGACGAGAGGCGGAGCAAGAGGCGGAGCCGGAGCGCGUCCACCGACCGGCCGGCGGAGGAGCGCGAGAAGGAGAGGGGCCGGUCGAGGGUCCGGGGCCCGGCGGGCGGCGCUGCGUCCCCGGACGCCAGCCCGGACCGGGCGCGGGUUCGCGCCCCCGACUCCACCACCGAGCCGAGAGACCACACCCCCGAGAACGGAGGCGGCGGGCGCCACCCGGCCGCCGUCGAAGACGACCCCCCGGCCGGCGCCGGCCGCCACCACCACGGCAAACGGUCCGCCGAGCACCUGGACAACCGCCACCGGAGCGGCGAGGUCGCCGCCAAUGCCUCCUCCUCCUCCGUCACCGCCGUCGUCCACGCGGACGCCGGCGGCGCCUCCUCUCCCGGCUCGCUGUCCGAGUUCGCCCAGGCGUCGCUCGCCAAAUCGUGGCACGGCUUCUUCGCCCUGAAGAACAGCAGCUUCCCCGCCACGCUGUACCUGCUGGAGGGCGGCGCGGCGUUCUUCGGCGCCGUGAUGCAUGAGGCGCUGCGUCAGCAGCCGGGCCGGCUGAAGAUCGCCCAGCGGCUGCGGAUGGACCGCACGCGGCUGGGCGAGGUGUCACGCCGCGUGAAGCUGGGCCGGCCCGACGGCUACGCCGUGCUGCUCGCCCUGCAGGGGCCCAUCGACCGCGCCGCCGGAGGCUCCGCCCCCGAGCCGGCGCCGCAGGCCCGCCUCCUGCGCCACCUCGUCACCUACCUGCGCAACAAGGAGGCGGCCGGCGUGGUGAGCCUGCCGGGCGCCGAGGAGGGCGGGCCCGGCGCCAUGCUGUACGCCUUCCCCCCCGGCGUGUUCUCGCAGCAGUACCUGCAGGCGGCCAGGAGGACGGUGGGUCACCUGGAUGAGGAGCACCUGGUGGUGGUGAUCGUCAACGACACCAACUGACCACCAGGGGGCGCCGCGCCCUGGACCUUUAGAACAUAUGCGGUUCAUUGAUUUUAUUAUCUGUUUUUAUGAAGCGAAGGUCACUACAACCUGACCCUCUCCCUGGAGGUCCCUGUCCAGGUGGUCACUACACCCUGACCCUCUACCUGGAGGUACCUGUCCAGGUGGUCACUACACCCUGACCCUCUACCUGGAGGUACCUGUCCAGGUGGUCACUACACCCUGACCCUCUACCUGGAGGUCUCUGUCCAGGUGGCCACUACACCCUGACCCUCUACCUGGAGGUACCUGUCCAGGUAGUCACUACACCCUGACCCUCUACCUGGAGGUCUCUGUCCAGGUGGUCACUACACCCUGACCCUCUACCUGGAGGUACCUGUCCAGGUGGUCACUACACCCUGACCCUCUACCUGGAGGUACCUGUCCAGGUAGUCACUACACACUGACCCUCUACCUGGAGGUCUCUGUCCAGGUGGUCACUACACCCUGACCCUCUACCUGGAGGUACCUGUCCAGGUGGUCACUACACCCUGACCCUCUACCUGGAGGUCUCUGUCCAGGUGGUCACUACACCCUGACCCUCUACCUGGAGGUACCUGUCCAGGUGGUCACUACACCCUGACCCUCUACCUGGAGGUCCCUGUCCAGGUGGUCACUACACCCUGACCCUCUACCUAGAGGUCUCUGUCCAGGUGGUCACUACACCCUGACCCUCUACCUGGAGGUACCUGUCGAGGUGGUCACUACACCCUGACCCUCUACCUGGAGGUACCUGUCCAGGUGGUCACUACACCCUGACCCUCUACCUGGAGGUACCUGUCCAGGUGGUCACUACACCCUGACCCUCUACCUGGAGGUCUCUGUCCAGGUGGUCACUACACCCUGACCCUCUACCUGGAGGUCUCUGUCCAGGUGGUCACUACACCCUGACCCUCUACCUGGAGGUCUCUGUCCAGGUAGUCACUACACCCUGACCCUCUACCUGGAGGUACCUGUCCAGGUAGUCACUACACCCUGACCCUCUACCUGGAGGUCUCUGUCCAGGUGGUCACUACACCCUGACCCUCUACCUGGAGGUACCUGUCCAGGUGGUCACUACACCCUGACCCUCUACCUGGAGGUACCUGUCCAGGUGGUCACUACACCCUGACCCUCUACCUGGAGGUCUCUGUCCAGGUGGUCACUACACCCUGACCCUCUACCUGGAGGUACCUGUCCAGGUGGUCACUACACCCUGACCCUCUACCUGGAGGUCUCUGUCCAGGUGGUCACUACACCCUGACCCUCUACCUGGAGGUCUCUGUCCAGGUGGUCACUACACCCUGACCCUCUACCUGGAGGUCUCUGUCCAGGUGGUCACUACACCCUGACCCUCUACCUGGAGGUACCUGUCCAGGUGGUCACUACACCCUGACCCUCUACCUGGAGGUCCCUGUCCAGGUGGUCACUACACCCUGACCCUCUACCUGGAGGUACCUGUCCAGGUGUUGGCGCGGCCGCUGCGUGUCUUUUCUCCUCUAGACGUUGAACACUCGGCGCUCCUCGUCUGUUGCCGGGCAGAAGAGGCUCUGCUCCUGUGACCUGAGGUUUUCUACAAGUCUGUUUUAACGUAGCUCGUGUUUCUCUGAACGUGUUUCCAGGUGAUCAUUCCAGGUGUUUCUGCGCUCAGCUGCCACUCAGUUUUUAGUUUGCAUGCAGGAAAUAACAAUGAAGUGUCGAGUUCCUGGAGACCCACGGUUCCUAUUGUCUUCAUCUCCUUGUGGUCUAUUGGUUAUUGUCCGCUGCGUCUCCAAGGCUGACGCUGUUUUCAUCUCCUAGGAGACGCUGAGUCAAACUGAAGGUCAUGACUUUGACCUUUACUAAGUGAUUAAUACUUAUUAUUAAUACACCUUCAAUACUCCUUUAACGCAAACCUCAUCCUCAGCCCAGAGACUCUUUAACCACACACAUAUGUGUAUAUAUAUAUACACAUAUGUAUAUAUAUAUACACAUAUGUGUAUAUAUAUACA